AAUCCUUAUUAUCAAAUUCCACAACCCCCACCAGCACCACAACCACCACAACCACCACAACCACCCCAACCACCACAAGCACCUCUACCACCUCAACCACCUCAACCACCCCAAGCACCUCAACUACCUCAACAACUAAUUCCAUCACAAAAACAAGAGCAUCAAAAUAUAAGUAGAACGUCAGCUUCAGUAAUAGCAGAGGCAACAGCUGCCUCAUCAAAUAAUCAAAAAUUAAACUAUCAACCACCACCACCAAGUUAUUAUCAACAUCAACAACAACAACCAAAUAAUUAUCAGCAACAACAACAACAACAACAACAAUCAUCACCAUUACCACCACCAAAUUAUUAUUUAAAUCCAUUAUCACAAACUCCAAUUGAUCCACAAAUGGCAAGUACAUCAGCAAAUUUAAUUGAUAGAGAGUUAGAGAAUGAACAAUUUUAUCCACCAAUUCAAAGUUUCUCAGCCAAUAUUUUAGCAAAUGGACAAACAUUAAGCAAUGUUAAUUUUAAUAAUCAAACCUUGAAGAACAUUACCUUUUUAAAUAGUACAAUAUCGGCAAGUCGUUAUCAACAUACAAGAUUCGAAGGUUGUAUCUUUCAAGAAUGUAACAUCAAUAGCAGUUCCUUUAUCGAAUCUGCAUUCAUUGAUUGUAUAUUUAUGAAUUGUAAUAUCAAUGGUUGCGAUUUCUCAAAAUCAACCCAAGAGAACUGUUAUCAUGUCAAUAGUGAUAUCUCCAAUUGUAAUUUCUUUCAAUCCUCUGGUAACAAUGUCAAAUAUGUCGCUGUCACUAUGUUAAAUAAUAAUUUCGCUCAUAGUAUUCCUCGUAGUACAUUCUGUAGAUGCAACCUAACAAAUGCUCAAUUCUCAAAUUGUAAUCUCUCAAAAACAAGAUUUAAAAUCUCACAACUCAAUUAUGCUAAUUUUGUCUCUGCUUAUUUCGACCUUCCAUUAGACCAUAUCUUUGAUCAAAGAUCUGAAAGAAAACUUUGUAAAUUUUAUUAA